UCCGGCCAUAGACCAGCCAGGAGCAAGCACUAUGGAACGAGCGAGCAACGGCAGCGCACAAGACGAUGAGCUCAGCCUUGAGCUUACCCUGGCCACCGAGGCGCCGGCGUCUGGCGCACCAGACGGCUUCUUCCUCUGCGUCCACUGCGACCGCAAGUUCCGCAGCUCGCAGGCGCUCGGCGGCCACCAGAACGCGCACAAGCAAGAGCGUGCCGUCGCCAAGCGCCGGCGAGAAGCUGCUGCGGCAGCCACCCGCACACAGGAAUCAAGGUCAAGGAAGGCGGGGAGGCAUGCUGCUACUGCUACUGGGAUGUCCGAGCCUGCAGAGGGCAAGCAGGGCGGGAGCUCGUCCAAGUGUGGCGACGACGACGAGGUGGACUUGUCUCUCCGGCUAUAAGCGAUCCCUCUAACGAUCUUCUAAUAUACGAGGAUUUGUGUUAUUUCCUCCUAGGUAAGUCAGAAUUUAGCUACUUUGGUUUGGAAAAAUAAUGUUUUACCUUCCUAUAGCAACAAUU